AUGACAAGCAAGGACUACUAUUUUGACUCCUAUGCCCACUUUGGCAUCCACGAAGAGAUGCUGAAGGAUGAAGUGCGGACCAUGAGCUACCGCAACGCCAUUUACCAAAACUCCCACCUCUUCAAGGACAAAGUUGUCCUCGACGUUGGUUGCGGAACCGGUAUCCUCUGCAUGUUUGCCGCGAAAGCAGGCGCAAAGAUGGUCAUCGGUGUAGACAUGUCCAACAUCAUCAACCAGGCAAAGGUUAUCGUCAAGGACAACGGCUUCGAAGGCAAAAUCCACCUCGUGCAGGGAAAAAUGGAGGAGGUCGUCUUGCCCGUCGACAAAGUCGAUAUCAUCAUCUCAGAAUGGAUGGGUUACGCCCUUCUCUACGAGUCCAUGCUCAACACCGUCCUGUACGCCCGUGACAGGUACUUGGCCCCUGGUGGUCUCAUCUUCCCGGACAAGGCUACCAUGUACCUUUCCGCGAUCGAGGAUGCCGACUACAAGGAGGAAAAGAUUGGGUUUUGGGACAGCGUUUACGGCUUUGACAUGUCCCAUAUCAAAUCUCUUGCGUUGAGGGAACCGUUGGUGGACACCGUGGACUCCAAGGCCGUCGUGACAACAGCCUGCGGGUUCAGGGAUAUCGACCUCUACACCGUCAAGGUCGAGGACCUGGAAUUCAAAGUGCCGUUCGAGAUUACGGCAAACAGGGACGACUACAUCCACGCUUUCCUGUGCUACUUUGACAUUGACUUUUCUUGCUGCCACAAGAAGGUCUCUUUCUCCACUGGCCCUCACGCACGUUACACCCACUGGAAGCAGACGGUCUUCUACCUCCGCGAAUACCUCACCAUCCGCAAAGGCGAAAAGAUCUCGGGCACAUUCUCCCUUGCCGCAAACGACAAGAACCCGCGCGACCUCGACAUUAUCAUCAACCACACCUUCCACGGCCAAUUGGCCUCAAACGAGUCGACGCAUGAAUACAAGAUGUGUUAA